AUGAACAACAUUACAUGGACCAGUCUUUUGGGUUUGGUUGCUGUUAUAACUAUGAUGCUGAUUGCAAUUGUUCUUGCCGGUAUUGAUGCUCCUAAUCACACCGACUGCUACAAAGAUAACGUUAUUUGGGAUGGUUUCCUCGUCGCUCUCGCCACCAUGUCGUUCAGUUUCGGUGCCAAUGUUUUCUAUCCAAACAUGGAAGGCUCAAUGCAAAACCUUAAGCGCUGGCCUAUUGUUCUGACCGGUGCCUUGAGCCUCUGUGCUGCCCUGUGUAUCGCGAUUGCAGUUUGCGGUUACUACAUUACGGCACCAAUGCUGCCAGCAGUCCGAUCUACAUCAAUGUUUCCCUCCAGCCCCGCGAACAUCGUUGCCAUCGUCUUGACCACCAUCAAUUCCGUCGUUUCUGCACCCAUCUUACUUGUAUCCUUUGCAUUACAUAGACGUCAAAGACGUGCUCAACAUUAA